AUGGAUGAUUUAUACAUUGCUGUAGUCUGCUCAUCAAAUAUGAAUAGAAGCAUGGAAGCUCAUGCUUUUCUUGCAAAAAAAGGUUUUAAAGUUAAAUCAUAUGGAACAGGUGAAAAGGUUAAGUUACCAGGAGCAUCAGCUGAUCGACCUAAUUGCUAUGAAUUUGGAGUUCCUUAUGAUGAUAUUUAUAACGAUUUAUUGGACAAAGAUAAAGCAUAUUACACACAAAAUGGAUUACUUCACAUGUUAGAUAGAAAUCGAAGAAUAAAACCAUCUCCUGAAAAAUUUCAAGUAACAACAGAGCGUUUUGAUGUAAUUAUAACUUGUGAAGAAAGAGUGUAUGACCAAGUGAUUGAAUGGUUUGGAUCAAGAAGAUCAAUAUAUAACCAACCAGUGCAUGUCAUCAACAUUGAUAUUCAAGAUAACCAUGAAGAGGCUACCAUUGGAGCAUUCUUAAUAAGUGACAUGGUUACUAAAAUGGCACAAAGUGAUGAUUUAGAUAAUGAUAUUGAUGAACUAUUGCAUGAUUUUGAGUCAAAAUGUCACCGACCAAUCUUAAACAGCAUUAUGUUUUAU